AUGAUUCCUUCUCAAGUACAAGAACAAGGAGCUAGGGGUGAGAAAUUGUGGGGAUUGAUACAAAACUGCAAGAUAUGUCUAGGAUCCGAUUCGAACCAUUUCAUCAAUAAAUUUGUCAGAUUGUUGAGCUGUAUAUGUCUGGACGAGGAUGUAGAAGAGAUAUAUAUAUCAAUCUACGAUUGUUCAAAUUGGAAAGCUGAAAUGGGCUGUAUUGUCGCGGUCGCCACUGAAGGUUCCACCGACCCGACCGAUUCUUGGGAAGCUUGCAAGAAUCCUGUGGUGAACAAAGAACCGUAUUGUGCUACUCACUAUCAUCUCGUCUUCCGACAUGAAAUCAGAACGGAGACAGUCACUGCGGAUUGGCAAGAAGAUUUUGAAGAGUCGUGCUCCGGAACAUAA